UUACCAACCUUUCUCCUUCUUCUCAUAUCAAAGUUUCUCUCUCAUUUCUUCAUCACUUCACUGCCCUGUUUUUUUUCCUUAUUUUGAAUAGUUCUCGAGACUUUUCUCCUAAAACUCUUUGCAUAAAUCAUAAACAAAACCGAAUAAGAGACCGUCAAAACUAUUAUCCUAUUCGUGUAAAACAAUGGUUGCAUCAGCUUCGGAGAGUAGGUCAGUGGAGGAAUAUUACAGCCGCCAAGCGGAGAGAGUGACUCAAGUACCCAACUCAGCUUCUGACUUAAUGACUGAUGAGAGCAAGGCAGAGCAAAACGAGAACUCAAAGAAGACAAAACGUGUUAAAGACUCCGGUAAGCACCCGGUAUAUCGCGGUGUAAGGAUGAGGAGCUGGGGAAAAUGGGUGUCGGAGAUUCGUGAGCCGAGGAAGAAGUCUCGUGUUUGGCUCGGAACUUUCCCCACGCCGGAAAUGGCGGCGCGUGCCCACGACGUUGCAGCUUUGAGCAUUAAAGGGACCUCAGCUAUACUAAACUUCCCUGAACUAGCAGACUCGUUCCCUCGACCUGUCUCGCUAAACCCUCGAGACAUUCAGACAGCAGCUCUCAAAGCAGCACACAUGGAACCAACAACGUCGUUCACGUCUUCUACUUCUUCACUUGAGUCUCUAGUGAUGGUGAUGGACCUCUCGAAAACUGAGUCGGAGGAGCUUGAUGAGAUCGUGGAGCUGCCAAGUCUAGGGUCGAAUUGCGACGUACACUCGGCUAGCUUUGGGAAGGAGUUCGUGUUCUCUGACUCAGUGGACUACUGUUUAUAUCCUCCGCCGUGGGGGCAGUGGUCGGAAGAUAGCUACGGAAUUAGCCCUAGUUUCAAUAACGGCUUGUCAUGGGAUCUCUAACGACGUUUUAAAUCAGUUUGAUUUUUUGUAUCAUUAUUAUAAGUAUCGUAGUGUUUAAUACCGUGCUUAUGAACACUUUGUGUUAGCUAAGAAAGGGUUUGUUUUUCUUUGGUGCGUGUGUGAGCUCCGUAAUGAAUUCGUGUAUAAAACUCGGUUUGUGUUUUUUUUUAAAUACCAUAAAUUUCGGUUUA